AUGUUUCUUCCUCAGCUGAAGAGGUGCAAAGAGUGGCCUGAGGUAUUUGACAUUCCAAAGUUUUCUGUAGAUGUGGAAUACAGACUACGCCAAGGGAACCUGAUGUAUCUUUGUGAUGGAACUUAUCUCAAAGUAAAAAUGGAGAUGAAGCAUGACAUCCUUGAGAAAUUGGAAGAGACGAUCUAUGGCUAUAAAACCUGCCAAACAAAUGAGGACUUUGAAGCUGUUGCAAAAGCCUUGGUUGCAGAACACCCAUGUCUUAAAGAACAAGGUUCAUCAUCUGAUUGUCAGGGGUGGAAGAACAGUCUUAAGCUCAAAAUGGGCAAUUACAGAACCAAAAUGCACCAGCUGGGACGGCCUGAUGUCACAUUUAAUGGUGGACUGGAACAUUGGUCAUUAAUUUUCCAGGAUUUCCAGGUUUUCCAGGACACGUGGGAACCCUGCCAGCUGUUUCCAGCGGGAAUUGGCAGACAGACGAAUAUGGAUAAUCCUGAGUGGUUCUACAGGCAUGUAGAGAUGCAUGCACAUUGCCUAGAAGUCAAUAAGGAGAACAUACUGUUCUGUGGCUGGAAAGACUGCGAGGCCUCGUUUAAGGGCCGGUAUAAAUUGCAUGAGCACAUGCGGAGUCACACUCAGGAGAAGCUGGUGGCGUGUCCAACCUGCGGGGGAAUGUUUUCCAACAACACUAAAUUCUUCGACCACAUCCGACGGCAGACCUCGAUAGAGGGACAAAGGUUUCAGUGCUCUCACUGCUCAAAGCGCUUUGCCACUGAGAGGCUGCUGAGAGACCACAUGAGGAAUCAUGUAAACCAUUAUAAGUGUCCACUGUGUAACAUGACCUGCCCCUCGCCAUCCUCCCUGAGGAACCACAUCAAAUUUUGCCACAGCAACGAGAAACCCUACAGCUGCGACUACUGUGAAUACAGAGAAUAAAGAAGAUAUAGAGCAGGAGUUGUCUAAAGGCAAAUGACUCCGGGUAGCACCUCUUAAAAAAACAUGGUCAUCGCCACCACAUACUACUUGUUCCUCGCUAAAAGAGAGAGUGGAAGCUAAGACCAAA